AUGUCAAAUAGUUCGAUUGAGGGGAAGCUGAAAGGUUUACAAGAACGUUUCGAAAAUGAAAUGCGUAUUCGAAGAGAAGGUGGUUUCAACAACCAAGGUGGAAUUGGAACUCCUAGGCCGGGGGGCGGCAGGACCAGGCCGAAGCCCCCAUCUAUGUUUCCCACCAGAAACAUAACAGAGUUCCCGCCGAGGUCACCACAAGCUUCUGAGACUGAAUACAGAAUGAGAGAGGUUUAUAAGGUUAGUGGCAAACUGAAUGUAGACGGCGUGGAGUACAGAUCACACGUGGAUGACCUGCAGCAGCUGGGCGAGCUCGGCAGCGGCACCUGCGGCCAUGUUGUCAAGAUGCUUCACAAACCUUCCAGCACUGUCAUAGCUGUUAAGCAAAUGCGUCGCUCCGGUAACUCGGAAGAAACAAAACGUAUUCUAAUGGACCUGGACGUGGUGGUCCGUUCCCACGACUGUCCUUACAUCGUGAGGUGUUUGGGCUGCUUCGUGACAGACGCUGAUGUCUGGAUCUGCAUGGAGCUGAUGGCUUCCUGCUUCGAUAAGUUGCUGAAGAGGCUCGGAGCACCCAUACCUGAGGCUAUCCUGGGGAAGGUCACUGUAGCGACGGUGAACGCGCUAUCGUACCUGAAGGACACGCACGGCGUGAUCCACCGCGACGUGAAGCCGAGCAACAUCUUACUGGACGAGCGCGGCAACGUCAAGCUCUGUGACUUCGGCAUCAGUGGCCGCCUCGUCGACUCCAAGGCUAAGACUAGGAGCGCGGGCUGUGCUGCCUACAUGGCUCCGGAGCGAAUAGACCCGCCGGACCCGACGCGGCCGGACUACGACAUCCGCGCGGACGUGUGGUCGCUCGGCAUCUCACUCGUCGAGCUCGCCACCGGAGUCUUCCCAUACAGAGACUGCCAGAACGACUUUGAAGUGCUCACUAGGGUAAUAGCGGACGAUCCCCCACAGCUACCAGACACGGAUGACUUCACACCAGAGUUCAAAUUAUUUGUGUCCCAGUGCCUAACAAAGAACUACAGACAGCGUCCCAAAUACGCGAAGCUUCUAGAACAUCCAUUCGUAGUGAAAUCCGCGCGGAGUUCCAUAUCAGUGGGGGCAUGGUACGCCUCCCUCUCCAUAUCAGGGCAGGGGGGCGGGGCUAAAGGUGCGGUGUCGCCACAGGCCCCGCCCACGCCGACCAAUGGCGUGGAGACGCCCGUCACUCCGCAACCAGUUAGGAACUUCGUGACUAGCUCGCAACAUUGGAUGGAGCAGGUUACUCCAACGCCUGCGAGAGCGUGGUGGGCGACAAGUGGCAACGCAAACGCGGGCGGCAGCAGUUCUCAGCCGACCAGCUUAGAGACUGACAUGUCUAACCACUCGCCAUAUCCUAGGAGAAGAACAAUAGACGCGUGCGCAUCCCCCCCUCCCCCACCAGUGCGCAGGGUAUCAGCUGAUAACCGCUGGCGUGCGUCCCCCGCGAGUUCGGGUAAUACUAGUCCUAUAGUACUGCAGAGGUUCUACCAUCAGAACCAGCAAAGGAGGUCCAGGGUCGACCUGCAUUCUACUCCUAGGCAUAGAAGUUUAAGUAGAGAACAUAGUACAGGGCGGUCGCCCGAGCCCCCGCCGCGGACCAGUCGGCAACACCAAAUGUUAGGGCAUGAAGCAAACGGUAGCACUACGGAACUGGAGCCCCCCGCGCUACACGAGCGAUUGCACCCACCGUCGCCCUUACUACUCAAUGAUAGGCUAUCGGAAGGCCGUAGUCAGAGCCUGACUCGCGCGGAGCUCCGCAACGGGUACCGCGGGGAGCCACAGCCCGCCGCCACGCAUAAACACCAUCACGACGACCAGGGCUGGCUGCACUCGCUCGCGGGGCUGGUGAAGCGCCGGCUCAGCGGGUACGUCAAGUGGCAUCACCUUGCAGCGCGCAGAGACAACCACCAUCCACAUCAUCUGCAGCACAGAUGGGGUAACAGCGAAAGUUGGAGUAUGCCUGCGUCCCCCCUGCCCCCCCCGCCCCGCCCCCGCGGCCUGCAGACUAGCCCCCCGCCCGCGCCCCGCGCUGCGGCAUCCAGCACUUACAGCGCUGCUUGCAUCGCUACCUCGCUCAGUUGCGCUUGA